AUGAACUAUAAUUAAAUACAAAGACACACAUUAAUUUUAUAAUGAUAAUAAUGAUAUAAAAUUUAUAAGAUAAAUGGUUUGCAUUGUGAUGCAAUGGUAGUUUGCAGUUUGUAAUAAGCAGUUGUAAGAAAAAAGGGAAGAGAUGGUGUGGCUAAUUCGGUCUAGAAUGAGUUCAAUUCUACGAUCAAAUGCACCUUUAGUGGGUUCAUCCUCUACAAUUUUUACUUCCACGAGAACUCCCUGGUCAAAAUUUAUAAAAACGGACAGUUGCCAUGAAGCAGCAGCAGUAUCAUUGCCUUCAUUGGAGGAGAACCAACCAGAGGUUCCAACUAAUUGUCUCAGGCUUGAUCGAGAAAACAAAGGUCUUGACAUAGGGAAUAUGACUGAAAUUGAUGGCCACCAGAAUUUAUUUAGCUUGAUGAAACAGAGGUUUCUAAGUUUCAAGAACCAAAAAUAUAUAAAAGAGUUGGAGCGUUUUCAAGCUCUUGCUAAAGUUCAAUAUCCAAAGUUUUUCGUAAUUGCUUGUGCAGACUCUAGGGUAUGCCCCUCUAACAUAUUAGGAUUCCAACCUGGAGAAGUAUUCAUGAUUCGUAACAUCGCCAAUCUUGUACCUGUCAUGAAGAAUGGACCAACAGAGUGUAAUGCUGCUCUUGAGUUUGCAGUAACUACUCUUGAGGUUGAGAACAUAUUAGUCAUUGGUCAUAGUAGCUGUGCUGGAAUUGAAAAUCUGAUGAGGAUGCAAGAAGAUGUAGAAUCAAGAAACUUCAUAUUCAAGUGGCUUGCCAAUGGAAAGGUUGCCAAAUUGAAGACAAAUGCUGCCACAGCUCAUCUUACCUUUGAUCAGCAGUGCAGAUUCUGUGAGAAGGAAUCUAUUAACCAAUCAUUAUUGAACUUGCUAAGUUAUCCUUGGAUACAAGAUAGAGUGAGUAAAAAGCUGCUUUCUCUUCAUGGAGGGUAUUAUGAUUUCUCCAAUUGCUCGUUUGAAAAAUGGACCCUUGAUUUUGAAGAAUGCAAUGUUAGAGAAGAAGGGCCAGAAUAUGCUGUCAAAGAACAAGAAUUCUGGUGCUGACCCAUAGGCCUGAAACCUUCCAUUAAUUGGGCUAAGGUUAAUUGAGGGUGUAUAAGUGUAUAACACAAUAAACUCGCCCUGUAAAUGAAUUAAAGGAAUGAUUUAUGAUUCUCAUGAUUGUGAUAUAUAAUUUGGAAACAUGGCUUAUUUAAAA